AUGAACACACUCAGGCUGCAGAACAUCAAGGGCCAGAUCCUACUGCACUGUAAGAACACAGCAAUGGCAGUUCCACCCAGUCCACUGACCACCCAUGUGCUGAAUAUUGUCACUGGAAUCCCCGUGGCAGAUAUGGCUCUCAGUCUGUACGGACAGGACGCCUCAACCAAAGUCUGGAAUUUGAUCACUACUGGUGUGACCAACAGUCAAGGCCGUUGCCCAGGACUCAUCACUAAAGAAAUGUUUCAGCCUGGUAUGUACAAGAUCCGCUUUGAAACAGAGCUGUACUGGGAGAGUUUGGGGGAGACCAGCUUUUAUCCCUAUGUUGAGUAUGUGUUCGCCGUCGGUGAUGCAGAUCAACAGUACCAUCUUCCUCUUCUCCUGAGUAGAUUCUCAUACACCACAUACAGAGGAAAUGAGGCAUCGUGACCAUUCACAUCCUCCUGUUAAAGAGCAUCAUCAGACUUCUGUCAAGGAAGAUAUUGUCUCUGAGUUCCAUGCUUUUGCAUUUCAUGUUGCUAACCCCAGUGUGUUGAGCAUCAUUAAAACUGCAGUAUAUGCUGCUAUGCUCUUGUGCCUGGAUUUUCUAAAUCCUGUUUUAAAGUAGUCUCAAACAUUUAUCUCAGUCAUGAUAUUAAAAAAUAUUCUCCCUUUUGCUUUGCAAAUUGUAAAUCCCGUUAGUCACUAAUGUUCAAACAAGAUCCCUGGAAUAAAUAAAUGUUUUAAAUGAAUAACUGUCAUCAUUUCUUAUCCGUGGAAAUUGGCGACACAAUCUUGUUUUUCAUGAAGUGUUCUGAAA